AUGUUAAAGAGGAGAGGUUAUUCCUUGUUUAGAAUUUUAAUUAUUUCUCUGGUUGUCAUCUCAGUAGUCAUUUACAAAUUUGGUGAAAAUAUUAAGAAUUUCUUUAGUCAACACGGAGCUGAUGUCGCCUCAAAAUCAUUGGAAUCUAAAAACUUGAAAAUGAGUGCCGAGCAAUUGAGUAAGGACGUUGUUCAACAAGUAUUGAGCGAUCCAAAAACAGUUGAGCAAGCUGUUAAUUUUCUCAGCCAAUUAUUCGCAAGAAAAGAUACUCAAGAUUUAUUGGUUGCUCUGUUGUUACAAGUUUUGAAAGAUCCAACCACACAAACCUAUGUCUCUAAAUUUGUCAAGGAGAUUGUGGCCAUGUACUUGUUGCAUGAUGAACAAACCAUGCAAGUCACUGCAGAUUUUGUUUAUAGAAUUUUACAAAAACCAGAAACAAAAGAUCAAUUAGUCAUACUACUGAAUAAUGCUCUACAAGACGAAUCGUUUAGACAAUCAGUUGCUGAAAUGUUUUCAGCUGUCAUUCUCUACGAUGUUGUGAAAAAGAGUGGAGCUGAGCUUGGAAGUGACGCUGUUCACACUGUUCUCGAGGAUCAGAACGUGAAACAACACGCCGAAUCAUUUAUUACAGCAGUUUUAUUGAAUCAGAAAAUUCAACACGAUGCUGGAUUUGCGCUUUGGGAAGCUCUUAAGGUGUCUCUCACACCAACAUGGUUCUAUCAUCCACCAAAAACAGAACAACAAGGAGCAGAACAAGGUGCAACCGCUACAAAUGGUCAACAAGCAGAAAAUACAACAAGUGAUGCCCAGAAUAAGGAUCAACAAAAAGAGCCUGCUGUUACAGAGUCUGCAAACUCUGUAGCAAACCCAGCUCUUGAACAAGAGCAAAUUUCACAAGCAGCACAAACUCCAGCUGUAUUGGAACAAAAUGGAUCCUCCUUGUCAUCUACAAUGACAUUACCAUCACAAGACGUGUUGAAUCUUUCUAAUGAUUCAUCCUCUUCAAGUAAUAAGAAUGCCUCCACUUCGUCCACCGUUUCUAACCUUUCUAUUCAAGAAUCGCCUCCCCUUAAGGAUUCAAUCAAAGUCGCGACUCCACCUCAAACAUCUUCAAAGCCAACAACGUCUACAGAAGUGGUUUUAGUAUCAGACAAUAACAAUAAACCUUAA